AUGAAAAGCAAUAUCAAAGACAAAAAGACCCCCUUAACUCUAUCUUUAGGAAAACAUCUUUCUUUAAGGUUUUUUUUUGGGGGCACCUCAUUAGCUGCUCACGCACGCCUCUGUCAGGCCGACAGGCGGGAGAGCAUGUCCCACCGCGGCUCGUGCAUGCAAUGUGGGUCAUUCGACGAGGGGGCUGAAGAUCCACGCGACAGACAGUGGUAUUGUAACACCUGUUGGGCGGCUUAUAACGACAGCAGAAAGAAGGGCCGAUGGGAAAACAGAGAGGGAUGUGACGAUAGGCGCAACAACAUUGGAGCAAACCAUAGGAGACGUAACCCUAAUGCCGGUAGCCGAGGCGCCACGGAAACUGCUGGGGCUAAGGGCGGGUCUAAAGCUGUGGACAAGCAACAUCGAAACAAGGCAGAGGAACCUGAACGGAAGGGCUCCGCAGCGUCACCGAGCUGGUAUCAUAGUGCUCAAGAUGCUGUCCGGCGGUUGGAAAGCGUGCUUGGGAGUUUUGCACCAUUUCGUCAGGACUAUCGUCACCAUCUCAUGCCUGACGCAACGAGUCUUUUAGAUGAUUUACAGAUGCUACAGGUAGCUGAGAAAUCAUCCUUCAGUAACCGCGAAGGUGAGGUACGUCGACAACAUACGUGCUCAUUUGUUGGGCAGUUUAUGCAGCGACAUCAAUCAAUAACAGUGAUUGCGCAUACGGGAGAGCCUCUUUCCCCCCGUGGCAAUCGUGUUGGUGGAGUGAGCCGCUCUGCGUACCUGGAGAAUAAUAAAGUAUCGCUGGAUUUGUUGUUAUCAAGUGUCGAUGACAUUGUGUCCCAGGUGUACGUUCGUUUCGACGAGGACAUGACACGGAUUAUCCUUAAUGCGCUUGACAGAGUGACGGCUUGCGAAACGCAGAAGCAGCGGGAUGCGGUCCGAGUGCGUGCUAUAGAAGAACUGUUGCAGGUGCUCGGCGUGGAGCACUGUGAGUUGAUUCAGUGCGUGAUGCACCGUCCACGCGACAUCUUCCUACGUCUUUUAGAGGAGUUCUGUACUCUCGACGGAGGGAACGAUGGUGGUACUACCGGUGAUUCGGCGGCUCCAGACCACCGUGGCCUCACAGUACGUUUUGUGAAAACAGCAAAACAGCGUUCGGUGUUGCGAGAGGCUGAGUUUGACCGUCGUGGUAGUGCGGACGAACAGUGGCUUGCUCACAUGACACAGCGUUACCGACAACUCGUACGUGAAUCGGAGCUGGACGAGUUUUUCAAGCGUGAUUUAAGCAUUAACGGGUCUUGCCCUUCCUUUGCCUCUGGUGCCACGGUUCUCCAGAAAGAAGAUCACAUUCGGGUCCACGUGCCGCCACCAGAGCGCAAGGUGCUACCAGAGGAGGAUCGUGUUUGCAUUGCUACAUCGCUUCCGGAGUGGACUCACGCGGCAUUUUUGAAUAUCACCCAUCUUAAUACCAUACAGACCUCCCUGUUUAGGACCGCCUUUCACACAUCGCAAAACAUGCUCGUGUGCGCACCUACGGGGGCUGGUAAAACCGUCUGCGGGCUACUGGUGAUGUUACGCUGCAUUGAAGAACAACGUGUUGACGGUGUGUUGGAUCGAAACUUCAAGAUAAUUUUCAUCGCCCCCAUGAAGGCCCUUGCGCAGGAAAUGGUGGAAAACUUCUCCCGUCGACUGGCUCCUUUUGCGAUGGAGGUUCGUGAACUUACGGGUGACAUGCAACUUACGAAGCGGGAACUCGCGCAAACUCAGGUGAUUGUAACAACCCCGGAGAAGUGGGAUGUCAUCACGAGGAAGCAGGCUAACGAGGAGCUCACUACGCAAGUGAGGCUUAUUAUCAUUGACGAAAUACAUCUGCUGAACGAGGACCGUGGGCCGGUGCUAGAGGCUAUUGUUGCUCGCACGCUUCGCCAAGGCGAGCUCGCUUCAGAGCAGAAACACCGUACCCGUCUAGUCGGCCUUUCCGCAACGUUACCGAACUAUAAGGACGUAGCAAAUUUUUUGCGAGUGGAUCUUGCCGAGGGAUUAAAGGUGUUUGGGGCAGAGUACCGGCCCGUGCCGUUGGAGCAGUCUUUCAUCGGUCUUCGUAUGGGUUUAAAGGACAAGGAACGCCGUAUGGACCAACUUGCCUACGAGGAAGUCGUCCGCAACGUACGGGAGGGUCAUCAGGUUAUGGUUUUCGUGCACUCACGCAAGCAAACUGUUGCACUGGCUCGCUUUUUUAUGGAGGAGGCAAAUGUUCGUGGACAUGAGGCCCUCUUUAAACAGGACGAAACGGUACCCAAAGAGGCACAGAAGCUGGGUUGCAGCCUGCAGGGGAGAGAUCUUUCUAAUCUUUUUGCCGCGGGGUUUGGUGCUCAUCACGCUGGUCUAAUCCGUUACGAUCGCACGUCCACGGAAAACUUGUUUCGUAAGGGGUUUAUAAGGGUGCUUGUAUGCACCAGCACGCUUGCUUGGGGAGUGAACCUGCCUGCCCACUCGGUGAUGAUUCGGGGAACUCAUAUCUACGACCCGAAGCGCGGUGGUCUUGUGUCCAUGUCGGUGCUUGACGUAAUGCAAAUAUUUGGCCGAGCGGGGAGACCGCAGUAUGAUACUAGUGGUCACGGUACCAUCAUAUCAGAUGAGAAGGAGGUUGGUCGCUAUCUCCGUUUACUAGCUUGCGCCCUGCCCAUAGAAAGCAAGUUGCAGGAAGGGUUGUGUGAUCACCUCAAUGCGGAGAUACACGCCGGGACGAUAUCAUCCAUUGUGGAGGGUUCCGGAUGGUUGGAAUACACGUAUUUGUGGCAGCGCCUACGGGUAAAUCCGCUGAUGUACGGUUUGAAGGUAUCGGAUGCGCGGCAGGACCCAAAGUUGAAGAAAAUACGCUAUGAAAUUGUCAGCAAGGCAGCUGAAGAGUUGGCGGAUGCCGGUAUGAUACGCUACAACCCCCAAACAGGUGCUGUGGACACCACCGAUUUGGGGCGUAUCGCGAGCCAUUAUUACAUCUCUUACAAAUCUAUCGCUACGUUUAACACAAAAAUGCGGCGACCGGAUGAGUCAUGGAUUGACAGCCUUGAUCUUGGAGCUGCAAUGAACGUCGUAGCGUGUGCUGAUGAAUUUUCUCAGCUGCGUGUCCGCCAAGAAGAGCUCGAUGAACUCAAGAAAUUGCACGCUUUACUGCCUAGACAGGUGCAACACUACGGUAUUGUGGGUGAAAGUGCCGACGAAACAUCUGUAGAGUGGAAGGUAACGACACUCAUGAAGUCUUACAUUAGUCGCAUCAAUGUUGACAUGCAUUCCCUUGCAUCCGAUGUGAAUUAUGUUGUACAGAAUGCUCCUCGCAUAUCACGAUCUCUAUUCGAGAUCGAAAUGCAGCGCGGCCAUCCACUCACAACUGCCGUUUUCCUUUCGCUGUGCAAGUGCUUGGAGCAACGUCGCUGGGAGUUUGAGCACCCUCUUUUGCAGUUUGGCGUGGACAUGACAGAUGCUGUUUACCGAAAUAUUGAAAAGAAGCGGCCCAGUAUGUCCCUUCUCCAGGAAAUGUCAGCAAGUGACAUAGGUUCUCUGGUUCAGAAUCAGCGUUUUGGUGAUGUGAUUGCUCGACUCGUUGCUUCCUUCCCCACAGUCUCACUUGCGGUUGACAUUCAACCCAUUACAUGUACUAUUCUCCGUGUUAAGGUGACAAUCUCUGCAACGUUCUCGUGGAAUAGUCGAUAUCACGGCUCCGUGGAACCAUUUUGGUUACUGGUUGAAGAUCAGGACAACCACUUCAUUUUCCAUCACGAGCUUAUCUCGUUAAAACGUAAAGAGGUGGAGGCUGGCCUGCCACAGGUCGUGAAUCUCUCUGUUCCAAUCGUAGCCGAGUAUGAUAUGUAUUCCGUUCGGCUUUACAGCGACCGGUGGCUCGGUUCUCAGGAGGAAUACUCCUUUUCUAUUGGCCAUCUGCACCUACCUGAUGACUCUCAGAAAACGACACCCCUGCUUCCUCUUGCGCCGCUUCGCCGUGAGGUGAUACCGGAGAAGUACCAUACCAUCUAUGAGAGUUUCCGGGAGUUUAACCCUGUACAGACGCAAGUGUUUCACGCCAUGUAUCACACCGACAGCAGCAUCUUCCUUGGAGCUCCAACCGGAAGCGGAAAGACUAUUGCUGCUGAAAUGUCUAUACUACGCCUUUUCGAGAAAUAUCCAGUAGGAUCUAAGGUUGUGUACAUAGCGCCGCUUAAGGCGCUGGUAAAAGAGCGGGUGAAGGACUGGAUGGCCCGUUUUUCUCGGCGCUUGGGCCGGCGUGUCUUGGAAUUAUCUGGCGAUGUUACACCUGAUAUCACUGCACUUGUGCAGGCAGACAUACUGUGCACAACUCCAGAGAAAUGGGACGGGCUUUCACGGAGUUGGCAGGUAAGGCGCUACGUCACAGCAGUGCGGCUUGUAAUUUUUGAUGAAAUACACAUGCUUGGGUCCGACCGUGGUCCUAUUCUUGAAGUGAUUGUAAGUCGUAUGCGCUUUAUUGGUUGGCAUCGCAAUGCUCCUAUUCGUCUCAUUGGCCUUUCUACUGCUGUCGCUAAUCCCGCAGAUCUUACUUCGUGGUUGGGCGUUUCGCACAAGUGGGCAGUGUUCAACUUCGACCCGUCGGUGAGGCCGGUGCCCAUGCGGGUACAUAUUGCGGGGUAUCAUGGCAGGAAUUACUGUCCUCGAAUGGCGGCUAUGAAUAAGCCUGUUUACAACGCCAUCUGCGAGAAGAGCCCAAACAAGCCCGUCAUUGUUUUUGUUUCCUCCCGUCGGCAAACGAGGCUUACGGCAAUGGCACUAAUCGGUUUUCUGGUGAUGGAACAGAAUACUGCCAAGUUUGUACGUAUGGAUGUGGAAGAGGUCAACGCGUACGUGGCAAAAGUAAGCGACCCAUACGUAAAGCACUGCAUGCAGUUUGGCGUUGGUGUGCACCACGCCGGUUUGCUGGAGGGUGAUCGCACGGUGGUGGAGUCCGCUUUUCUCAAGGGCAAGCUACAGGUUCUAGUGGCAACCUCCACACUUGCGUGGGGAGUCAACUUCCCCGCACAUAUGGUGGUUGUGAAGGGUACGGAGUAUUAUGACGGGAAGACAAAAACAUAUGUGGACUUCCCAAUUACUGACGUACUACAGAUGAUUGGCCGUGCGGGAAGGCCUCAGUUCGAUACGGAGGGUGUGGCGCAGGUGCUUUGUCACGAGCCGAAGAAGGGUUUCUACCGAAAAUUUCUCUACGACCCUUUCCCAGUUGAGAGCGCACUUCACAGACAACUACACACUCACAUCAAUGCUGAAAUCGUGUCAGGAACGAUUAAGACCCGGCAAGACGCUGUAGACUACUUGACGUGGACCUAUAUGUUUCGUCGUAUCGUGAAGAAUCCGUCGUAUUAUGGACUUUCGGAUCGGUCACCAGCGUCGGUAACGAUCUUUAUGUCCACCCUUGUCGCCAACGUUCUUGACGAACUUGAGCAGUGUGGAUGUAUCGAGCAUUGCCAAAGCGAUGGGUGCGACGCAGAUGCUGAUCCCAAUGCGUUGACUUACACUGUGCUUGGCAAGCUGUGUUCUUACUACUAUCUUUCACAUAAAACAGUUUAUUACUUCGAUACAAAUAUCAAUGAAAAUAGCACCCACGUGGAUGUCCUGAAGGCACUAUGUGAAGCGGAUGAGUUUGAAGAACUUCCCGUGAGGCACAAUGAAGACAAACUGAAUCUUACUUUGAGCCAAGCCCUUCCACUCCCCAUCAAAGCAAACAAUGCGGACUCUCCGCACGUGAAAGCGUUUCUUCUCUUCCAGGCUCACUUUGAGCGUUGCAACCUGCCAAUAUCCGACUACUACACCGAUCAAAAAUCGACCCUCGACAACGCCAUGCGUGUUGUGCAGGCGAUGGUUGACAUAACAGCAAAUAAUGGCCACUUACACACGUCGCUCCGCUGUAUGUCUCUCUUACAGUGUAUUGUGCAAGGAUUGUGGUGGCACUCCAACACACUGUUGCAGAUACCUCACGUGACCGACACGAUGCUUCCUAUUAUUGCGGAGCACUGUGCCGGACUCCAUCACGUAUCACAAUUGGUGAACAGUCCACUGUCGGCCCUUACGAAACUCCAUGAGACCUUGUGCGACCACUGUGGUCUUGGGGACAAGGAGGUCCGCGAAGCGAUGGAGGCGGUGCGCAGCUUUCCAUUGAUCGAUGUGCAUAUACGCCUGUCUCGUACGGUCGUUGAUGAUGGUCACGCAACUGAAGAGGUGAUGGUCAAGAGAGGUGAUGGGAUGGACGAUGACGAAGAGGGGGAUGGUUAUGAGCUGACGGCGUACCUCACAAGGCUUUCCACGCCUAUUCGGCAUGUUGUCGCACCCCACUUUACUAAAUCGAAGGAUGAGCAGUACUGGUUGGUUAUUGGAAGUGAGCAUACAGGAGAGUUGAUUGCUAUGAAGCGUGUGGGCCGCUUGAUGGGUAAUGCCACAACAGCGACAACACUUCGAUUUGAUUGGGACGACGAUUGGACCUCUUUUGCAGAAAACGGCUCGGUGCCCCUUAGUCUGUACGUUGUAUGUGAUUCCUACGUUGGGCUAGAUCAGCAGUACAACUUUAGGGUCUCGGUCCCAUCUCGCGAGUGA